GCCGCAGGCGCGCGUACUUUGCCUUCUGGGGUUGGUCUAUGGGGAUGCGGAUCACUCUGCAGUAGACUCAUGCUCGUUCGCUUCCAAUCUGGGCGCCUUGUCGUCAGCCUCUUUUGCUCUUUCCUCGGUAUCCCGAAAAAUAGCAAGCCAGACUGCUCGAGCUCAAGGAUAGCCAGGCCUUCGAAAUACUAGUCAGAGGAAUAGAGGGCACUCGAAAAAAACAGGCUCAGCAUCAUGUCUACAAGCAAAGGAGGUAUCGAGAUGCUCGACGCGCGGCAAACAAAUCAGAGCGAACCAAAGCCUGCAACAGACCCGAAUCUAGUUCACAAAGCACUUCUUGAAUCCGCGUCUUCGCAAGCAAUCGUGCAGGUCAUCACGAUAUGGCACGAUCGGCUACAGCUCAUUUCUGUUUUUGCCACAUUUUUCACGGGGAUAGACUCGAGCUUACUCGGUUUGUCGAGGGGAUCGGGCAGCCAUACGAGUGUAACGGUAAGAGUCAUGGACGCGACACUCGUUGGCGCGUUGAUUUUCCAUGCUGCUUCGGCGAUUCUGGCGUACAUAGCGUGUUUCGUCCUCAUACGCUACAACCUCAACGAAACGGCGCAUCACAGAGUCACCGUCGGCGAUGGCACAGAGACAAGUUUCAUCUCCGAUAUUUUCCUACAACAAAUCAAUCUCGCCAACGCCAACGCCAACGCUACAAACCAAAAUACUAACGCCAACCCUGUCCCGACUCGUCACGCCGCCGAUCCCUCCAGCGCCGAGUCUCAAUCCGGGCAAGGACAGGGCCAUCGCGCCGGUCCCUCCACCUCCACCACCACCGACCGCGCUCCUCCCUACGGCACCUCCACAUCCAAUAGCACCACACGCCCACACUCCCCCUUCGCAUUUUUCUCCUCAUCCACCCGCGGCCCGCAUUUUCUCCCAACUAUAUCUCAUUCCAGGACUCCGUCUCACACAGCGGCAGGGAGCCUGAGCCUCCCGCCUAUCAUCACUCAUCCGUCUGAGCUGUUUCAGGCUGUGCAGAAGAGUCUGGGAUUGGGCGUGUUCGUGUCGAGGGUGCAUCCGUUUAAGUUUAAUCUUAAACGGCUUUCGUUGGUUUCGAUAUGUACAUGUGGACGACGGCCUGGCCGACACCAUCGCACUGGGACCGGUUCGACUUCAAGUGGCGGUACUGGUGGGAGUGAUAGUGAUCCGGAUUUGGAGAUGGAUCAUAGGGAGCUGAUGAGGUUAUUGAGCCGGUGUCAUACGGCGUGCUCGAUGUUUAUCUUGGUUGGGUUCGUGCUGCAGGUGACGGGUGUGUUGGCGUUUGUGUGGGUUAAUUAUGUGAGGGCGGUUAGUGUGUGGGGGAGUGGAUGUGUGGCUUUCGUGGUUGUUGUGGGGUUCGCGGCAUUACAUUGAUUGUUAACGUUGGUGGGGGAUGUUGAUAUUGGGAGCGAUGGGUGUUUCUUGAUCUAUUUGUGGUUUUCUUGGAACAAAAUUUGAAAGAAAAGGGGGUGAUCUGAUAUCUAUUACUUCAUCUUGUAACUCAGACUGAACGACAACACACGAACACGAACAAACAUGUGACUGAUACCUAUCAUUGUCCCGAUACCGUCUUGCAGUAUACGAGGCUUUUGUGCUCCCUGCC